UUUCCCCUAUAAGGAUAUCUGAUUUUGUACAUCGAUUCGACCCCCUCGCCUUCUCACUCUCGUUCUCAUGUCUCGGCGGCCGCCGCCGCCGCAAUACGUCCAUCCAAGCGGCGCCGGCGGCGUUCAACGCCAUCCCGUCUACUCCCCCGGGAACCCUAAUUUCAAUGGUUUCGUCAAUCCUCAAAGCCAGGGUUACCUUCCCAGCUUGCCGCCCAACCCCUUCCAAAACCCUAUAUUCGCCCAAGUUCCCCGUCCCUACUUCCAAAAUCCCGCUUUUACUCAACCGAAUCCUUCCUCCGACCUCAAUACUCUUAUUCAGAUUGUCGACGCUGCUGCCACGAAGGCACACCGGGAGAUCGUUGCUGCUGGCCAGAGCGUUUCAACUUGGAAAGUGUCGCAGGCCGCCCUACUUGCUCUAAAUAUCGAAUCUUGGAGUUCCCUAGGUUUUCAAAUCCAGGAUGUUCCGUCCCUACACAACCUGAUAAUCACAGAAGGGAAGAUAAAUGCAUUUAUACACUGUUUCCUUGGUGCACGGAAAAUCACUUCACUGUAUGAUUUGGAGGUUGAAAUAUGCAAGAAUGAAGGUGUGGAGCGGUUUGAUGAACUUAGGCUGGGGCCGUUGCUUCAUCAUCCACUCAUCCAGCACUAUUUCUCAGUUCCUCCUGAUGUGACAGAAAUCUUCAAAAUAACGACAGAGGAAAUCAUUUGUUUGUUACAAACUGUCAUGAACAAAUCCAAGAAAAUAUCGGUGGAGAAAUUUUUGGAAUUUCUUGAAGAGAAAAAGGUGGUAUCAAAGGAGAAGCUUUGUGUGCGCAUACAGAGUUUAGGAUUGCAUGUAUACUAUAUUAAGGGAGCCAUGAAAGCUGAAAAAGAGGCCUUCAACCAAGCGUGUGAUUCAAUUAAACAAAGUGCCACACAGACUAGGAUGGAUUCAUCUCAAUCCCGAAAUAUUACUACACUGAGUAGGAUGGAUUCAGCUCAAUCCCAAAAUAUUCUUUCUGAAAAGAAGAUUCUUGAUGGGAGGUUUGACUUAAUAGCUAAGCGUAUUAAUACCUUUGCAUCUGAAUGUGAUGAUUUUACUGGCAAUCACAUCCGCUUCAACUCCCCUGAUAGUGAUGCUGCUAGUGAUGAUGAAAUUGAUGAUGCUGAAGAUUCUAAGCAUGAUAGUGGACUUAUGUGCAAAACUCAAACUUUUUAUAGUAGCGACAUUGGUAAGCGAGUGAGUACCUGCCCUUAUCCAUCUACAACUGAAGAGAUGAUGCGACUUGGGCUAAAAGUUGACUCUACUGAAAAGUUAAUUCCUGAGAGUACCACAUCAAUGAAGGGCAUAUGUAACAAGUCUCAUGGCAAGAAAAGAAAGGCUGAGGAGGAGAAAGGUAACUCUUCAUGUAAAUUGCAAAAGAAUGACAUAAACAGGUUGAGGAUACAGAAGCUCAAUAGUAUUGAGUUUGAAAAGUUCAUAACAACAUGGAAGGAGGCUUGUUGUGAACAUUCUUUGGCUGAGGUUCUUGACAUGAUGGUAAACUUCUAUGCUCCAUAUCAAAAGAAGAAGACAAAGAAAAUCUUGUCAUCUUACCCUGCAAUCGGGUUGAUUGGUAUCGCUAUAAUGUCUAUUAAGCAUGGAACCGUUGAUAGUAUUUAUGAUACUUUUCAAGCCUGUGGUCAAUCUGAACUUAGCAACCCCAGCUGUGCAUUCUCUACUGAGAUGAUAAAUGUUGGGCCUACAAAUAAAGAAAAUGCUAGUCUGAAUAUUUCUGAGAGCUUUGACAGUGCAACUGUAGAUGACAUAGUUAAGAAGAUUGCUGAUUAUAUGGAAUUGGAAACUAUUAAUGGAAGUAAAAGAGAUUUACAUACAGGGAAGUUGUUAUGGUCAUUAAAGAAGCUUUGUGAUUGUGAGAGAUGGCUGCUAACAUAUUUUUCAGUCAAAGAAUUCAGUACUCUUGGUUAUGGAAAUUUCUUAGAAUUUUUAGAAAGAUAUGCUUCAUUGUUGCCUCGUGAACUAUUUGAAAAUUUUGAUGAGGGCUCUUCCGGUCUGUGUUCUAUGCAUGUUUCCCUGUGUGAGCAACAAUUGAGUGGUUUGAUAUCUCUAGCUAAUUAUAAUUGGAUGGAAGAUGGUGUUAGGACCAAAAAUGAUGUUUUUUUUCUUCUUAGCAAGCAAUUUCCAACAGCAAACUUCAACAUAUUGGGAAGUGACUUUGGAAAUUGUGUUUCAAAUCUUAAGACAUGCCAAAAAGAUAAUGAUGGUCCAGGUUGUGUCCUUUUUUCUGCAGCAUUGUUGGGGAAACAAUGGACUAGCUUGGAAUGCACUGUGAAAUAUUCAUCUCGAGCUACUGCCUUGAUUGACCAACAAAAUUGUGCUCUAGUGACUUCUGCUUUUGAGAAUGUCACUGACUGUAUGCUUGCAGCUCCAAUGUUGUCAGAUCUUCUUUCUUGGUCGCACUGGGAUCUUGUAUAUGGUCCGUCAUUUGGCCCACUAAUAGAGUGGUUAUUAAAUGAAGCCCAAACUAAAGAACUAUUAUGUAUAGCAACAAAAGAUGGGAAAGUGAUCAAGGUUGAUGCUUCAGCAACUGUUGAUAAAUUUUUAGAAGAUUUGAUUCAACUCUCUCCAUCUCGAGUGGCAUUAAGUUUCUUAUCACUAAUAUCUUUGUAUAGAGGUACAUGCCAUGCUCCUGUAGCCCUUCUAAAGUGCUAUGUACAACGAGCCAUGGAAGUUGUGAUAAGAAAUUUCAUUGAUUCAAGUGAAAUGGAGAUCACCAAAGAGAACCCAAUUGAUGCAUGUUCUCUGCAAGAUUUAUCAGCUUCUGUUGAAGACUUUAAUAUGGGUCCUUGUUCUGGUGAUUUUCUAGCAACUUCUCAAUCUAGACAGGAUGGUAUGAUCAGCCAACACAUUUCCAAGGUGAAUAAUGCUUUUGCUGUUCUUGCAAGGUUUAUACUUGAAUGCCUUGGUCUUCUACCUCCCGAAUUCUGGAGUUUUGCUGCAGAUAUAUUAUUUUCUGGGCUUCAAUUCUUUACUAGACAUGCUCCUCUCAUCAUUUUGAAUCAGUGUAACCAAUCAAGUCAACGUUUAAUGAUUCAUGAUAUUGGAUUAACACUUAGAGUAACAGAAUGGGUUCAAGAUUACCAUGAUUUCAAUUCCUCAGCUGCAAUGGACAGGAGGAUCUCUCAACCAGAUUCUAAUUCUUUAGGUUCUGAAUCUGCAAUUGAUGGGAGGCAUGUGCCAGAGUUAGCUGUCAAUCCUUCCAUUAAUAAUAAUGUUGCUAAUCUUAGCAUUAAAAGUGAUGUCAUUUUCCCAGAUAAGGGAAGUGAAUCUUUUACUGGGGGUAAAGAGGACUGCGAUAAGCUGCAUCAUGGCUUCCAUAAAAGGUUGAAGGGUGAGUUAAGCAUGGAGAUUGCUAGUCAUGUGGUUAAUGAGAAUUCUAGCAUGUCAAAUUACGAACAGAUCCACGAAGCAACCCUUGUUAUUGAGGAGAUUCGCCGUACGGAGUUUGGUUUGGACCAAAACCUUACAGAUAAUGAAAGUUUUUUGUUAAAGAAGCAGCAUGCUCGGCUUGGAAGAGCACUUCAUUGCUUGUCACAAGAAUUAUAUUCACAAGAUUCACAUCUUCUUCUAGAGCUUGUACAAAAUGCUGAUGACAAUGUUUACUCUCAGUGUGUGGAGCCAACACUAGUCUUCAUUCUUCAGGAGACUGGUAUUGUUGUUUUAAACAAUGAGGUUGGAUUCUCUGCAGACAACAUUAGAGCUCUUUGUGAUAUUGGGAACUCAACCAAGAAAGGAGAAGCUGCAGGAUAUAUAGGGCAUAAAGGCAUUGGGUUUAAAUCAGUAUUUCGGGUAACAGAUGCUCCAGAAAUCCAUUCUAAUGGAUUUCAUGUAAAGUUUGACAUCACUGAGGGCCAAAUUGGUUUUGUAUUGCCAACGGUUGUUUCUCCUUGUGAUAUAGCAAUGUUGGGACAGAUGUUGUUUGAAGGGGACCCACAAGUUGGUUGUACUUCUUGGAAUACCUGUAUUAUUCUUCCAUUCAGAUCUAAGGUCCAAAAAGAAGCAACAAUGAGCUCUAUCAUAUCCAUGUUUUCAGAUCUUCAUCCAUCCUUGUUACUUUUCUUGCAUAGGCUCAGAUGCAUCAGGUUUAAGAAUGUACUCAACAACACGUCUCUUGUUAUGAGAAGAGAAACAAUGGGUAAUGGUAUUGUAAAGGUUUCCCAUAGGAAUGAGACAAUGAGUUGGUUGGUGGUAAAUAAAAGGUUGCUGGCAAAUGUUAUUCGCUCUGGUGUACAAAGCACAGAGAUUGCUGUUGCUUUCACACUGCAGGAGUCUGAGCCUGAAGAAUAUACUCCUUUCCUAAUCCAGCAGCCUGUAUUUGCUUUUCUUCCUCUGAGAAAAUAUGGUCUUAAGUUUAUUAUUCAGGGGGAUUUUACAUUACCAUCUUCUAGAGAAGAGGUUGAUGAAGAUAGCGCCUGGAAUCAAUGGUUAUUAUCUGAAUUUCCAUCCUUAUUUGUCGAUGCAGAACAAUCAUUUUGCGCUCUUCCUUGCUAUAAUGAAAAUCUAGGGAAGGCUGUUACAGCCUAUAUGAGUUUUGUUCCACUUAUAGGGGAAGUUCAUGGGUUUUUUUCUCAUCUUCCCUAUAUGAUUAUUUCCAAGUUGCGUAUGUCAAAUUGCUUGUUGUUGGACAGUAAUAGUUUUGAUUGGGUUUUGCCUUGCAGAACUUUGAGAGGUUGGGAUGAGCUUGCUCGUAUUACUUUACCUGAUAGUUUGCUUCAAAAGCAUCUUGGGUUUGGAUAUUUGAAUAAGGACAUUAUUUUGUCUGAUACAUUAGCUAAGGCCCUCGGUGUUCAAGAUUAUGGACCUAAAGUAUUGAUUGAUUUCAUCUCUUCCUUAUGUCAAUCUAGAGAUGGUAUCAAGUUGAUGGGUCUAGAUUGGCUAUCUUCCUGGUUAAUUGUUCUUCAUUCAACUCUUUCAUCCCCUUCAAUUCAUUCCACUGCAAAUUCUCUGAUGGAAUCUAAUCUAAUUAACACACUCAGAAAACUUCCAAUUAUUCCACUUUCGGAUGGGUCUUAUGGGUCCACAUCUGAUGGACCCAUAUGGUUACCGUGUGAUACCAGCAGUGUUGGAUUUGAAGGCAGACAAUAUCAAAGUUAUUUUCCUAGACUGUAUGACAAACUUAGGAUUGUAAAUCCAUUGCUUUUCUCUGCUACUAUGAUCACAAAUUGUUUGGAAGAGAAAAAGGUGGGCUACCUGAUACAGAUGCUAGAAAGAAUUGGCGUUCAACAAUUGUCUGCUCAUGAAGUGAUAAAAAGUCACAUUCUGGUUGCCUUCUCCGAUAAAAAUCAAAACAGGGAAGUCGAAGAUAGAAGUUGGAUGAUUGAAUACAUGUCUUUCAUAAUGGUUCAUUUUCAGUUCUCUUGUUCAAGUUGUCAUUUGGAGAAGGAAGAUAUUAUAACUGAGCUACGCACAAAGUCUCUACUUUUGACAAAUGAUGGUUAUAGAUGCCCAGCCUGUGAACCAAUUCAUUUCUCGAAAGAGUAUGGAAAUCCUGUCGAUAUUUGUAAGCUGAUAGGGACAUUAGAUCUUCAGUGGUUUGAGGUUGAUGCUGCCUAUCUGAAGCAUCCUAGUAUCCAUUUAUUACCAUCUGUGCCUAAAGUCUGGAGAGAGUUCUUGAAAGAGUUAGGCGUCACUGAUUUUGUGCAAGUUAAUUGCACUAAAAAGCAUGGGACUGACGUUUUAUUAUCUGCUGGUACAGUUCUUGACAAGGAACAUUUGAUAGAAACUUCAUUCAUCAGUGAUUGGGAAUCAGCAGAGCUUGAUCAUAUGUUAGCUACCUUUUCUUUUAAAAAGUGUCGAGAUAAGUGCAUUUAUCUUCUAGAGAUUCUUGAUAAAAUGUGGGACAACUGUUACAGCGAAAAAGCCAAAAGUUUCUUGUUUUCUGAAACUACUGGUCACAGGAGACCUAUUAGAUCAACUUUUAUGAAGAAUAUAUGUAAGAUUGGAUGGAUAGCAUCGAGCUCGGACUGUGAACUUCAUGAAGCCAAAGAUCUAUUUUAUGACUGUGAGGAUGUGCGAUCUGUUUUAGGUGACAUGGCACCCUAUGCUGUCCCACAGUUGGCUAGCAAUUUCUUAUUGAAGGAGAUUGGAUUCAAGACGCAGGUAUCACAUGAUGAUGCCGUCAGAAUUCUUACAAAUUGGAGGAUGUCAAAGUCUUCUUUCUGUGCAAGUGUCAGUCAAAUGUCAAACUUAUAUUCCUUUAUAUCUGAGGGAGUUGCUGCUUCUAGAAUGAACAUGACUAAGGAAUUCAUUUCAAGUCAUUUUAUAUUUGUACCAUUUCUCGAUACCUAUAGAUCCCCUGAUGGAACUUUUGGAACUUUUGUUUCAUCAAAAGAUGUGUUUUGGUACGAUCCUACUGGUUGUUUCGAUAAGAUAAGAGAAGCGCUUCAGUGUGGUCAGAGGGUUGAGGUAGAUUCUCUUCCAAGCCAAGUUCUGUCGUCUGUUUAUCCUGGUCUUCAUGAUUUUUUUGUACAAGUAUGCAAUGUACCUGAGGUUCCUCCGUUUGGUACCUAUCUUCAAUUACUACAACUCUUGUCAAGUGUUGCAUUGCCUUCUCAAGCAGCUCAAGCAGUUUUUCAUGUUUUCUUGAAAUGGUGUAAUGAUAUUAAAUCUGGACUGGUGAAUUCUGAGGAAAUUAUUGACUUGAAGAAUAAUCUUCAUAAAUUAGAAAGUAAAGUACUUCCAACCAUGCUGGAUAAAUGGGUUUCACUCCAUCCUUCAUUUGGUAUCAUAUGUUGGGCUGAUGAUGAUAACCUGAAACAGCAAUUUAUACAUUCUAAAGGGAUAGACUUUUUACAGUUUGGCCAGCUUGAUCAUGAGGAGAAAGAAAUGCUUUCAGGAAAGGUUGCUGUCUUACUGAAAAAAUUAGGUGUUCCUUCUAUUUCAGAGAUUGUGUCGCAAGAAGCAAUAUUUUAUGGCACAGGAGAUAGCAGAGGAAUGAUGUUCUUGAUAAAUAGGAUCCUACGGUAUGCCCAACGCUAUAUUCAUAAACUGUAUCCAGAUGUAUAUUUGCGUUUGAAGCAAACUGGAUUUGAGAAGCUACACCAACUACAAGUUGUUGUUGUUGAAAAGUUGUUCUAUAAGCACUCUUUGAAAGGAUGUGAUGCUACUUCAAAUAAACGGGUUGAAUGUAGCUGUCUUUUGCAGGGGAAUAUUCUGUAUGCUACUACUACUUCAGAUUCACACUCCAUAUUUUUGGAACUCUCUCGAUUCUUCUUUGAUGGGUCAACUGAGCUACACUUCGCCAAUUUUCUUCACAUGAUUGUGACCAUGGAAGAAUCUGGAUCAAGCAUCGAGCAGAUAGAAUUUUUCAUUAUCAAUAGUCAGAAAGUUCCUAGCCUACCUCAUGAAGAACCCAUGUGGACUCUAUCUUGUAUGACGGCCGAACUCAAUUUUGAUAGUAUCUUGCCAAAUCCUACUCCUUGUUUAAAUGUUCACCAAAAUGCAUCCACAUCUAGAAGGAAACCAGGUAUUAUCCCAAAUUGGCCACCUACAGACUGGAAAACUGCCCCACGUACAAAACUUUCUAUCUCUUUGAGGCAAGGGUUUGGCUCAUAUGUUGCAUCUGAGACAGAAAGUAACAGUUCUCUAGGAGUUACUGAACAAGCUGAAAUUCUUUCUGAUUGCAUUGAAGUUGAAGAAGAUUGGGUUGUGGAAUCAGGAUUGCCAUCAGAAAAUGCAUCAUCAUCACAAGAUUUAGAGACAAUCAACAAGCAGCCUCUCUUGGUGGAUUCUUCUGAUUCUUUCAGUAUGAUUAAUUCCAGAUUGGAAUCAAAAAAUCAAUUAGUCGAUCCAUGUGGUCCAGAUUUGAGCUUCAAAUAUUCAUCAGUUUUCCCUGAAACAGAUAAUAUCCAUUUGCAAGCACUUAAGGACCCAAUAACAUUUAUGACAGGCAGGGUUGGAGAAGCCAUUGCUUAUAACUAUCUAACCGCAAAGCUUGGUCCAAAUAUGGUGAGAUGGGUGAAUGAGCAGACUGAGACUGGCUUACCAUACGACAUGAUCGUAGGGGACAAGGAAUAUAUUGAAGUGAAGACUACCAGAUAUGCAAACAAAUACUGGUUUGAAAUAUCAACGCGGGAGUGGCAAUUUGCUGCACAGAUGGGUGACUCGUUUAACAUAGCUCAUGUCGUACUUUCAGACAAUAAAAAAGCAAGUAUCACUAUGUUUAAAAAUCCUCUCAAACUUUGCCAGCAACGUGCUUUACAGUUAGCACUUUUUAUGUCGAGGCAAAUUAGGGAUACAGCAGUCAGCAGUUAAGGGUGAUUUUGGUUGAGGUAGCCUGCAUUAAUGUUUGAAGGAUCUAAAUGUUUUGCAGAAAUUGGCAGACUAGAUCGUCAAAAGUUGGUUACUCUGCCAUUUAUUAGAGAACAAAAAAUGAAUGCAGUGGGGUGAUCUUUACACUCAUUUUUCAUUUUCUAAAGAGUUUUGAAGGCAAGUAAAAGUUUUAGCAAGGAUAGAAGAGUAGGACUAAAUGGUUUUAAUACGGAGUUCUUGCUGCACAUUUGGGAUGUGAUUGGAGCUGAAAUGAUGUUCGCUUGAUUAUUCAGGAACAGCACUAACGUCAGCUUAUGAAAACCUAAGUAUUGAAUUAGUUACAACUUAAUUACUUAGAAGAAUAUUUUAUUUUUAGAUUGUUUAUCAUACAAAUAUAUGUCUCCAUAUUUUUUACAUGCCAAACUUUAAGGGAGAGAAAUAUUCUGAAUUAAUACGCAUGAUUGAUAUGCCAAUCAUCAUUAAGUAGAGCUUGUUGAAUGAA